GAGAAUUUACACAUUCGUAUAUACUUAAAGUCAUAAUGCGAUAACAUAAGUUCUAUUUUACUAAUCUAUAAAUACCUUCAGUUGUGAAUCAAGGUUGUAGAGAUAUAUAAUAUUCAUGUGGUCUUCUUUUACCGUUGACUUAAACUUUAAAAAUACCAAUAAAUGUUAUUAUUAUCACGCCGGGGCAAGAUGCGGUCAAGCGUGGUACAUGUACUUGAUAACUAUAAUCGUUGUUCUAACAGUGAUACUGGUAGUAUGUGGUAUCCUUAUGGUGAAACCAGCGCUGAAUGCAACACAUUUUAAGCCAACCCAUUGCACAGUUGAUCAUUCACAAGUUCUUAAACAAAUGACACGCUGUACGAAACUCUCUGGUAAAGUCAUGCAUACGUCACGGUUUCCGUGUUUGCAGAUAUACGUACGAUAUCUAGGAGACCGGAAUAAUGUUCACACGUCUCUGUUACAUGACACUGAUAUUCAACUCGCAGAGUUUCCUAAGUGCUCGUUUGAGUUCUGUGAUGGUUCUGCCUGGCUGAAUGAGCAACAAGUUUUGAAUUUUCAAAGACUUCAUGGACGACAUGGACAAAUGUACAAGUGUUGGUUUAAUAAAGAUGAUCCAGAGGAGGUGAUUUUAAGAAGGCGUUACGAUGAUCCAAAAGUAGCAGCAUUCCAUUUGAUAUUCUGGCCUGUGCUUUUGAUUGUAUUAACUCUAAUUGGAUUGUAUGUCGUAUACAAGUACUAUGGCUGUAAACUUCACUGGACAAGACUUUAAUUAAAGACUGUAGUUGUUUGAGUCUUGAGUUCGUGUCUUUUUUAAAUGGUGAACGUGAUGAGUCUUUAAAUCAAAAACAAAUCAAUCUAAAAGUAAUCUGAUUUUAAGAUAAGACACUUUUGGACUCUGAGGUCUAAGAUGGGGGGAAAAAUCAGUUAAAGGGAUGUUGGAGAUGAUCAAUGUAGUAUCUGCAAC